AUGACAUUGUCAAACUACCCCCGCCAUCCGUCGCCGCUGGGUGGAUUGAUGGUGCCUAAAUUCAACACAAUGGUUUUGUAUUGUACAAUUUUAGUCAUAUUUAUUGCGCUGAAUAUUGUUUUGGCGGGGAAGGGGCCGGUUUCGCAACGACGCGUCGCGUCCUCGGCGCCUCUUUUUCAAUUUGACUUGCAACCGACAGGAUUUCUAAAAGAGGCUCGUCAACGCCGCAGACUACAGAGCAACUCGUCUUUCGUCAUACCGGAUGAAUGGCUGCGACCGGAACGAAGUGCCGUUUAUGCCGGUAUUCCUGAUGCCCGUGAUCCACGUUACCGACACAACCGUCAAUUGCAAGAGUUUCAUGACCUCCGACACUUGAGUCGAUACGAGCAGGCUUAUCGGACCCAAAAUAAUAUUGAUUUACGAGAAAAAUGGGAUGAAGAAUACUCUUUUGAAGACGAACAAAAGGAGAUUCCCAAAAGCGCAGAGCUUCGCAACCAGACUGCAGAAAAUCGAUUGCGUUCACACUCCGACAAAAGGAGAAGGACACAGGAGGCUGCUCCCGUUGCUGGUGGACAAUACAACAAUUAUCAGGCCGUACCCUUGGCACAAGGCUAUGGAACGCACUACGUUAAUGUCUGGGUGGGAUCUCCCUUUCCGCAACGAAAGACGGUCAUCGUCGAUACCGGCUCGCACUACACUGCUUUUCCCUGUAAUGGAUGUCAAAAUUGCGGUUCGACGCAUCAUACCGAUCCUUACUUUGAACCAAAAAAGAGUGCAUCGUUUCAUCAACUCCAGUGUGACGAAUGCCGGGAUGGUAUCACAUGUCAAGACGGGGAGUGUAGGUUCAGCCAGUCCUAUACGGAAGGCAGCUCAUGGGACGCCGUACAAGUUUUAGAUCGAUUCUAUUGCAGUGGUUCCGAUAUUAUCGACUCCGUUUCUUUAGAAGACCAACGAAACUCAAUCGACUUUAUGUUUGGAUGUCAAAAGAGUAUGACUGGCUUGUUCAUUACGCAGCUUGCGGAUGGAAUAAUGGGAAUGUCAGCACACCAGGCGACCUUACCGAAACAGUUGUACGACAGACACAUGAUUGAACACAAUAUUUUCUCCAUGUGUUAUCGUCGAGAGCUGGGCACAAGCAAGCGUGGUGUCAUGGCAGGUAGUAUGACAAUUGGAGGAAUAUCCACCAACCUCGAUACCAGCCCCAUGGUGUAUGCCAAGAACAUGGCCAAAAUUGGAUGGUAUACAGUCUACGUCAAGAACAUUUAUAUUAGACAAGGAGGCGGACAAUCUGCCAAGAGUGUGGAUCCUGAUCACCGUACGAUCAAAGUAAAGAUGAAUCCUGCUGUUCUUAAUAGUGGUAAAGGUGUCAUUGUGGAUUCGGGAACAACCGAUACUUACCUCAACAAAGAUGUAGCUCCGGAGUUUAAUAUGGCUUGGCGUCAGGCAACUGGUCAGUCGUACUCUCAUCUACCGAUGAGACUCUCGCCGGAACAAAUUCUGGAGCUGCCUACUGUUCUCGUGCAAUGUCAUGCCUACAGAGAAAAUUUGGAUCCGUCAAUCGAGGGUUAUGAAGAUAUUCCUGGGUACGCUGGUCGUUUGGACCCAUCGUCCCCCAAUGAUUUGCUCAUUGCGAUUCCAGCCACCAGCUACAUGGACUUUUCUCCGAUCACGUCCAUGUACACCAGCCGAAUCUAUUUCAGUGAAACAUCUGGCGGAGUCUUGGGAAGUAACACUAUGCAAGGGCACAACGUUGUCUUCGACUGGGAAAACGGCCGUGUUGGGUUUGCAGAGAGUUCUUGCACGUACGACAAGAAAUCCGUGCCGGAAGUUGCACAGGAUAACGGAUACUCAAAGGACUGCACAGUGCACGCUCCAAUUCUAUCUACGCCAUGUAUUGAUACCGUGCACCGGGAAAUUUGCGAACACGCCUCCUCGAAUAUUGCUCUCCUGGGCAACGAAACUUGGACUGGUAUUGUCGAGAGUGCUGGCAGCAAAGAGGGUGUUCAGUGUACUGAAGUAGCAAGAGAAUCUUCAUCAAAGAGUGUGUUCCAGAACUCUGACGUUGACUGCAAUGGCAAGGGAACUUGCGAAGAGAAGAGAUCGUGUCAACUUACAUGCGCCGAAGCCAUAGUAGCUGCGAAUGUGUCAAAAGCGCCUAUUUCUGAAAGCAUCAGAUAUGACUGCGGAGAUUCUUUGUGGAGCACAUGCGAUCAUGGGUGCGAGCAGACUCGGAUUGUAUCAGCCGCUCAUACAGACGGAAUCUGCCACGAAGAGCACAGAUUCUCCCGACCUUGCCAUAUCGAAGCUUGCGCCCGUUCAGACCCUUGUCUUGUCCCAUUUCUCAUUCAUACAGUUGUUGGCCUUCAGGGAAUAUCGGUUUCAAAAUGGACAGGAUCCUCGGAAAAUACUUUUGUUUCAGCUCUGACAAGUGUGGCACGUGCACUUAAUCCAUUAGAAACAUUUGGCGAAGGUGAUGUGAAUGUGCUGCUAGCUAUUCCAUGGCAUGUGGACGAAGACGAUCCAGACCAAGGUACUCAUGUAUCCAAACCUAUUGGAACAAAAAUUAUUCUGGAGAUUUCAAUUUUUAACAACCUUUCCAAUGCUACAUCCACUGUAACCAGCGAUACAGACGAUUCAUCCGUCAAAGGAAUACUGUGGAAUAUUACCGAGCGCAUAAAGACGCGGCUACCCGAUACGAUCUGCAACUCGGAUGAUAUGUACACGCUUGCAAAGAAAACUCUCUCCAUAAAAAAGCGUGUCUUAGAAAGUCAGCUUUUCAUUGGUUCGCUUAUUCACGAAAUGGAGAGAAUAGAAUUAUCAGACCCAAUCUCAGCGGCAAUUUCGAUGUUUUCGCCACUUUUCCAUACAGUUUCCCUGGAGAGCGAGAAUGAAAGCCGAGUUGUAUCUUCUUGGACGAUCCAGACAACGAUCGAUGAUCAGAUCAACUACUUCGGACCGCCCAGGCCAAUUUGGCAUACAAUGUUAAGCUUCAUUCAUGUCGUGUUGUUGACGAUGAUCUUUUUUUUAAUCCUGACAUCAGCUUGGACACUGCUCGUGUCUAUGUAUGAAUAUCUACUGGAGCGCGGUUGGUUUCUACGAGUAAGGAAAGGCCGACAUCGAUAUUCUCCAGCUAAGGCCUGUGACGACUCACAGACAGCUGAUCAGGAGCUCGAACUGGCGGAUGGCGGUAAUCUGGAAAUGACGGUACAAAACACUGAUUUUCAAAGCCGAGGCGGAACUAAAGCCAUCAAGCGAAAGACAUCUCCAGCCGAUCGUGAAGGCACGAUUGUGAAGAAUAUUUCGAGAACGACCUAG